AUGGAGGGGACGAUGCUGACGGCAGAACAGGAGAAGCCACAGAAGCGGGUGAGGUUCCGCGUGGCUUCGGGGAACAGCGGUCGGGUGCUGAAGGAGAUGUUCAAGGAUGAGGGGCCUUCAGACUCCCUGGAUUCAGACUGCACCAGCAGCUCCGACGCCGAACGAGCCAGUACACCCUCUACGACUGGAGACGCACAAGGACACCUGUAUGGAUUCCCGGGCUCUGAGCUGGACGACAGUGAGAGUGAGCCUGACGACCUGCUCAUGUAUGCAGGGGCCACCAAGGACUGGAUGUUCACCACCAAGAGGGUCAACAUACUCAGUAAAAAUGGGACUGUGAGAGGGGUCAAGCACAAAGUCAGCGCAGGUCAGGCGCUGUUUGAAAACCUUCCUAAUUCCAACAGUGUGGAGUUAUCUCUUGAGUUCGGGCGGAUUGUGAUCUACACCACAAGCUUUCGUGUGGUGAGGACGACCUUUGAGCGCUGCGAGCUGGUCAGAAAGAUCUUCCAGAACCACCGGGUGAAGUUUGUGGAGAAGAACAUCGCCCUGGACAGCGAGUACGGGAAGGAGCUGGAGGAACGUUGCAAACGCGUGGGAGAACCUCCUUCAUUACCCGUCGUGUUCAUCGAUGGACACUACCUUGGGGGUGCUGAGAAAAUCCUUGGCAUGAAUGAAUCAGGAGAGCUGCAAGAUCUUCUGACAAAAAUUGAGAGGGUACAGCAUCCCCAGACGUGCCAGACCUGCGGGGGCUUUGCCUUCAUCCCGUGCCCAACGUGCCAUGGCAGCAAGAUGUCCGUGUUUCGCAACUGCUUCACGGAUUCCUUCAAAGCCCUCAAGUGCACUUCCUGCAACGAGAACGGCCUGCAGCCCUGCGUGAGCUGCAGCCAGUGAGGAUGUUAAGUGCCUGAACCAACAUCCCUUCUUCCCUCUUCAGGAGCCCACACAGGAACCGGAACUGGACUGCAACCCGGACAGUGAAAUCCAGCACGGCAGGACCCCUCCUCCACGGCCAUUGUUAGUUAGAAAAAAGAAAUAACAAUUUGUGGGAAUUUGUAAUAAAAAUCUGUGAAUUUGUG